AUUCUGAUUGAUUGUUAGGAUUGUUAGGGAGAUCAGACCUUCAACACCCCCCACCUCCAUAUGACCUAGAGUAGGCGAUAAAUGUAUUUAUUAUUAAUGAGCAGCAUGUUUUGGAGUCAAGAUCGUACAAAAAUAGUAAGCGACUGGUGUAAUAUAAUCUAACUCGCUUGAGAGAAGGAGCCCCUCAUUUUCCGGCUUCGCUUCAUACAAAAUGAAGAGGCAACCUCAGCGCGACACCGAUCAUGGCCAGCCUAGCUGGAAAUUGCACAAUUCACAUACCUUUGAGAUAAAACCGAAGCAAUGAUCUAUUCGUUACUUUUUGUAGGCGCGGGUCUCGCCUCGCAGGCCUUAGCAGCUUGCACUCGAGAAUCGCUUCAGGCGGCCACAGCGGCGUACGUCAAAGCGCAAGCAGCGGGAGACCCGAAUCUUCCCGGUCUGUCUAGCAACGUCAGCUACCUGGAGAAUGAUGUCCCGGGGGAUAUCAAGAAGGGCAUUCUAAGCCAAGCCAUCAGCAUCGACUUCAACCGCAGCCUGUACGACACGACCCAGUGCGCCACGUUCACAGAGCUGUCGGCGGCAUCCAACAAGAACCCGUACGUAAUCCACACGCGGCUGCUCUUCACCGGCGACAAGAUCACGACCGUGCAGUCGGUCGUCGCGGACCAGGGCGACUGGGCGUUCAACGCGACGGGCCAGCUCUACUGGACGAAGCAGGAGAAGUGGGAUCCGAUCCCGGAAAACAAGCGCGACAAGCGCGAGGUCAUCCAAGCCGCGGGCGACGCAUACCUCGACAGCUGGAGCGACGGGACGGUGAAGGUGCCGUACGGUACGCCGUGCGCGCGUCUCGAGGGCGGGUCUUACACGGGGGGCACGAGACCGACGGCCAACACGUGCUUCAUGCCGCAGUUCCCCGAGGCUUUCACGAUUGGAAAUCGACGAUAUGUUAUCGACGAAGAAGUUGGCGGGCUGGACAUCUUCAACGACUUUCCGUUCAUCGACGCCGGGAAACCAGACGGUACGCCGAGUACCAACUUUAUCAGGGUCGAGGGCGGUAAACUCAGGUAUAUCCACGAGGUUACUGUGUGCACGACUCGGAACUGUGGAAGAUGAAAGGGCUGGUCUAGUGGUGCAUAUAUGUACCUAACCUAACCUAGCUUACGUAGAAGAUUUCAGAAGAGGAUGAGAGAACUGGUCACAAGGGGCCGUGUUAACUAAGUACUUUCGUUCUGUUACCUUCAAUGGUCAAUAUCAGGUGCCUACAAAUGUUUAUUGUGUAGGGUUUUAUUUAUUGUUGAGGGUUCUGAAGGUACAGGUAUAAGGUACCUAGGUAUGUAAUUCGUGGUAUCUGCCUUACCUUAGGUAGGUGUGUACCUGAUCUACUCUAGCGACAGGAAGGUUAAAUAUCCUAAAAACAUACCUUAGGUAGUAACGUACAAGAACCGGGCUGGUCAGGUUGGUCGGGUGGUAUUAAGUGGCAAUUCACACAAGUAACGAAGUCAACCACCAAAUAUUUAGGAAAUAUUAUUAUAGAUGGACGAAUGGAAGAAUCUUACAAUUACUUUUUGAGUUCGGACCUAGC